CAUUUAUGAAAAUGCAUGAACGUUCAUUUACAUUUUGUGUUUGCCAUUUGUAUUGUACAUUCAAAGUCGACGGUUCACUAUGUGUUUGAUAAUAAAUAAUUUGAUAAUAGAUAACGUGCUUUCGUUUCAAACAAAAGAAAAAGAAAUGUACGCGGAACAGAAGAAUUAGUGAAUCUAAAUUUGAAAUUGUCGGCUUGAAAAUGAUAUAAAAUUUCAGUUUGGAAAACGUGGAGAUAAGAACACUGUCAAAUCGAUUUUCAACGAAGGAGAUAAAAUACGUCUAGCUUCGUUUGAAACCAGAGGAUAUCCGGAAAAGAUGAUCGAGAUGCGCUUUGACUGUGGAUGUGUUUGACUUGAUGACAACCAAACUAACUAUAAUAAAUCUAAUCAGUGAACAAUACGAAUCAGCAAUGACGUAAUUUGUGUUCGUGACCACGUAUCGUGGAACAGUUAUUUCUACGCCAACGAUCGGAUAAUUCUAAUUGAAGAACAAGAGGAUGAAACUUCUAUGGCACACCCUGCCAUUGAUGUAUCCCCAAAAUCUGGAUAUGAUAAACCUAAUGAUUCAGAAGUUGCUAAAGUACCUUGUUUUUAUGCUACGCUGUAUCGUGACGCCAAUUUUAAAGCUGCAAUACUUUAAGAAGCGGAAACGAAUACCAACGAUCAAGAAUCAGCUGUUGCUGAUUUCAGCGACAGAAAUUGCGCGACAGAUUCGCAAGAAAGUGAUCAGCAGCGAGGAAGUGGUAAGAGCCUAUGUGGAGAGAUGCACGGACGUAAAUCCUGUAAUAAACGCUAUCGUCGAGUCACGUUUCAGCGCAGCCAUUCAGGAAGCGCAGGAAGUUGACAAGCUCUUAGCGAGCACCACAAAAACCGAGGAGGAACUUGCUUGUGAGAUGCCUCUUCUUGGCGUGCCCGUAACCGUGAAAGAAAGUUUCGCCGUUGAAGGAAUGUCGCAUAUGGCCGGCGUGAAGAAAAAAUCUCCACAGAAAGCGACUAAAAACGCAGUAGUUGUUAGCAUGGUACGCAAGGCUGGCGCUAUUGUCCUUCUCGUCAGUAAUACUCCCGAGCUAUGUCUAAACUGGGAAACUAGCAACAAAGUUACUGGUACUACUAGAAACCCUUAUGACACCAACAAGGUACCUGGUGGCUCUUCCGGUGGCGAGGCAGCACUAAUAGGCUCCGCCGCCUCCAUCGUGGGCAUCGCGUCGGAUGUUGCAGGUUCUGCGAGGCUUCCGGCCAUGUUCUGCGGUAUUUUCGGUCACAGACCCACGUCCGAUCUGGUCCCUACAGAGGGCCAUAAGCCAUAUUCCCAUGAUGAAUCAUUUACCCUGCACUGUACAGCAGGAACGAUGGUCAGAUACGCCGAUGAUUUAUCUCUUAUGAUGAAGAUAAUGUGUCAGUCUGAAGAGACGCGGAAGAAGUUCGAGCAGAAGGUAUGUUUGAAAGACAUGAAAUUCUUUUACCUGGAGGACUGCUGCGCGGUAUCGAACUCUAUAGGCAAAGAUGUAAAACAGGCGAUGAAGAAGCUGAGGAUACACAUCGAAACGACGUACGGUCUCAAAGUAGAAAAGGCACGAUUACCUGCCAUGAAAUUUGUGCUUAACAUGGCAUCGCUUAUACUGUCGGUGAAUCUCGACGACAUCAACGAUGACAUUAAAUGCGCGGGAUCGAGUAGAUGUCUGUUUGAAGAAUUGAAAUCAAUUUGUGGCAUGUCGCAGAAUACGUUCUCUGCAGUUACAUAUGCCGUCAUUAAAUGGGUAUAUGAUAAAUUACCAGAGAGUUAUCAACGCAAAAUGUCCGCUAAGAAGGACGAGUUAAAGAAACAAUUCGAGGAGCUACUAGGUGAUAACGGCGUACUGAUAUUCCCAACGUUCGUAUCAUCAGCCUAUUACCCGCACGAAUCCUACACGAGUGUCUUCAAUUUCAUGUAUUUGACAGUCGCUAAUGUACUAGGAAUACCAGCGACACACUGUACAAUGGGGCUCGACAAACAAGGUUUACCUGUUGGCCUUCAAAUCAUGGCAAACGCGGGCAACGAUCAUCUUACGAUCGCAGUGGCUAAAGAGAUCGACAAAGCCUUCGGUGGUUGGCAGCCGCCACCGAUGGCCGGGCUGCAAGUUUGAUUUUCCCUUUGAUCGGACGAUAAAGACUUCGAUAUGAGGAUCCAUCGUGAUGAAUCGAGUGUAUUCGACGUGAUACGAUCGGCGAAGAAACUACGGUAACGAACGUGUGCCUCUUCGUUCAAACGACGAACAAUCGCGAUACCUCAAACGUGAAUGAAUCUACGAUAGAAAUUAAGAUGUGCAAUAAAUAUAGGUUGUCUUUAUAACAU